AUGACACUUUUUACUGCCGGUGGGGGUCCAAGGAUUUGGUUCAACUCUACUACUGGAUGGGGAUGGUCAUCUGAUAUCGUGGAAACAUAUUUCAGCGACACAUCCGCAGAGGCAUUAGAGUCGGCUUUUAUGAACGUCAAUGUCUUGACUCUCACGCUCAACGGCUGCAAAUUUGUCGCAACUCCAGAUCAAAGCUCAGCUUCGAAUUCACAGCUUUACAAUGUCACAUGUACACGUUCGGAAGCACAAGAAAUGAACCUUACGUCUUACUGGGACGUCUUUGAUGUCGUUGCAUCAACCUGCGCGUUCUACCCGUGCGUUAAGAACUAUCAUGGAUCAAUUGAUGAUGGCGUCUUCUCGGAAACUCUUGUCAGCGAAACGCCUGCCAUUCGCAAUCAAACUGAAUCCUUUCCCAGUUACGAAUUGUUCAACACACCAUGUGUAGUUGAUGGCAUCAACUAUACGGCGGACAAUGCUUCGUUUGUCCCUGGCGGCAACAAGACUCUCGUUAAUGGUAACAACAUAACAGUUCCGCAAGAAUGUUACUUCUAUUUUCCGGGAAUGUACGUUCAAGCACUUUCGAAGUUUGUAUUUGACACUCUCAAAGGUAGCUGUUACCAGAUUGGAGCUUCUACCACCCCUCCGUUCUCUGCACAAUCAGGACCGGACGACUGGAACAACGUUCUGUGCGACCAGUGGUGGCUGACAAGUCUUUACAACAAAGGCAAUGCCACUUUCGACACUAUCGACGCCAACAUUGAAGCUGUCGCAUCUGCUAUAACCAAUAUGAUGCGCAGACAAGGCACUUCAUGGGAUCACAGCACUGACUUUGUGCAAGGCCUCGUCAUGAGAACUACAGUAUGCACGCAGUUCAACUGGGUAUGGCUGGCUUUCCCGUUCAUGCUACUUGCUCUUACCACAAUAUCACUAUUUAUGAUGGGGGUCAAGACGCUGUUUGACAAGCAAGGGAUACCAAUUUGGAAAUCUUCUUUACUGCCACUACUAUUGACUGGAAACGGCCUGGGCACAAUUGGCGCACCGAACGACAUGAAAAGUAUUGAGAAGAAGGUAGACCGGGCUGUUGUAAGGCUGGUACAAGUGGCUGGAGCAUGGGAAUUCGUUGGCGAGUUAGAUAAUAACAAAGAAGAGGCGACAGCAAGUGGGAACAGUGCCUUCACAGCCAAGAGUGCUCGAGAGCGAACAGUUUAUUAUACGCCUUAG